AAGGUUAAAGCUUGCAAUCUAAAAAAUUGGGUGGGUGAUUGACGUCAAUAGAAUAUCCCUUUUGGGUUUGGGGUUGAACUGCAACGCACACUACAAUCUUUUCGACUUCAUCUGUUCAAUUGAAUGUCAUCUCCCGGAUCACCUGGACUCGACAAUCGCGCCGAGAUCCAAGACCCUCCACCUCGUAAAUCCGCUCACUUUGCUGUAGAAUCCGACGAGAGCGAUGUCGAGCCCGACGAUAUCAGCCCCGCCAAUCCCAUGCUGAAUCACACUGGGCCAUAUCGUCCAUCGCCCACGCUAACUCCACAUGUCGCAGCCAUCCGUGGAUGGAACCAGACAUGCAAGAUUGUUAUGCUGACUAUCUGCCUUGCCGGACUUCAGUUCACAUGGUCGGUUGAAAUGGCUUAUGGAACUCCAUAUCUACUGUCGUUAGGCUUGUCCAAAUCCAUGAUGUCACUUGUUUGGAUAGCAGGACCGUUGUCAGGCCUUGUCAUGCAACCCAUUGUUGGAGCCUUAUCGGAUAAAUGUACAUCCCGCUGGGGACGACGGCGACCAUUUCUAGUAGGAGGAAGCGUUAUUGUCAUUCUAAAUUUGGCCACCAUUGGGUGGACUAGAGAUAUUGUGGGUAUUGUAAUCGACCGCAACGAUGAAACCAAGUAUAAGCAUGGAACGAUCGGUCUUGCAAUUGCAUCCAUUUACAUUUUAGAUUUUGCUAUCAAUUGUGUUCAAGCAUCGUGUAGAGCAAUUCUUGUAGAUGCCCUGCCUCCUUCACAGCAAGAAGAUGGUACGGCAUGGGCGGGAAGAAUGGUUGGUUUCGGUAGCGUGGCAGGCUAUUUCAUGGGCUACGCCGACCUUGUUCGAUUUUUACCAUUUUUUGGAAAUACCCAACUUAAAGUUUUGUGUGUAGUUGCCAUGAUCGUACUCGCUAUUACGGAUGCUAUGACUUGUUAUGCUGUACAAGAGAUUCCCUUGACAAAACCAGACAAAAAUUCUCGAACAUCACCAUUACAGACCCUAGCAGCCAUUGGUCACAGUAUCUGGACUUUGCCUGCGCCAGUUCAGCGUGUUUGCAAUGUUCAGUUCUUUGCCUGGAUGGGUUGGUUCCCCUUUCUGUUCUAUUCAACAACGUGGGUAGCGGAAAUCUACAGUGAAUCAGCCUUACAAGACGACGGUGGUGAUCCAACGGAAGACAAGGUCGGCCAAGCAACUCGAGCAGGCUCAUUUGCAUUUCUGGUCUAUUCACUCAUAUCACUUGCUACAUCUCUCUUUUUACCGUUGGUGAUCUCAUCUUCUUAUGCUGCAGUGGACAAUACACCCAAGUCUUUAGACUUUAAUCUGUUUGGCCGACAUUAUUCCAUCUCCUCGUCGUCGGUCAAGCUAUCCUUUUUAACCCUUCCACGAGCUUGGACCAUCAGCCAUUUCAUCUUUUGCAUUGCCAUGCUGUUUACCAUCUUCGCCAACAAUGUUGCCAUUGCAUCUGUCCUCAUUGGAAUCUGCGGAGUUAGUUGGUCGGUCACGAUGUGGGCUCCGUUCUCGCUUCUCGGAGAGUACAUUGCACAUGCACAGUUUCAACAAGAUAGAGAAGCAGACGACAUGCAGGAAUCUCAGCUCGGCCGUCUUGCAAAUACAAGAGCUAUGGCUUCUACCGUCAGUCUAGCUGCAGGAGGUGCCGGAUUAGGUAUGGAAGGUGGUAUGUAUCAACUCGUCGAGACGGCACAAUCGACUCGACCUUCCGAUCGCAUGGAGCUUGAUGAUCUUGAAUCACCUACUGCGCGAAUCUCAGAGAACCCGCUUCUUCGACCCUCAAUGGACUCUGACUUUGACUUGGAUUCGCUGGAUCCCGUUACCCAAACUCAACACCAGCAGGACAUUGCAUCUGCUGGCGUCCUCUUAGGAAUUCACAAUAUGUACAUUGUGCUUCCCCAAUUCCUUGUCACCUUUCUCAGCAGUAUAUUAUUUCAUUUCAUCGAAUCUUCAACGUCAGACCAGGAUACCAACGCAAUCGGCAUUGUGCUACGAGUUGGUGCCGUCAUGGCUGGCGUUGCCUGUUAUUUGAGUCUACGAAUAAGAUGAGAACGGAAUCGAUGAUGAAAAAGAAACUCCCCACCGUCCUCGACCACAUAUUACUUUGUUGCGUCUACUUUAUCAUUAGAACCGGCAUGUCAGUUGUGGUCAAAAAGAUUUAAUGUACAAUUUCUAUCUUGAUCAAUAAAUAAAUACGAUGACUAAAAGAAGUUG